AUUUACCGCUACACGUUUAAGGUUUAAUUAUAGUGCGUUACUUCACAAGGUUUCGUUAACCGCGGUUGGAUUGCUAGCUGUUAAAUCAUCGUCUGUAGGCAGUUCCAAGUGGAGGUUGUAUCUGUCAUAAAGGUUUCGAAAGUUAAUAUAGGCUGCUUAGCUACCCGUGUUUACGAUUGAGGGCUGAUUUGGUCAUUUGAUGAUGCGAAUAACAUCCUUGAGGCUUCUUCAUGUUCAAUCACUUCUUUGCAUAUUUUAUAUUUCAUCCUUUAUUUUCGGGUUGUUUGUCCCUUUAGUGGUAGAUUUACUGUCUCUUCCUUUUUCGAGUAUACAUGACAUUUACAGGCUUUUCACUUUCCACUUAGUGACGGAUGAGAUUUGUGUUUUCAUUUCUACAAUUCUGGCCAUUUUUAUCUACGCAAAGCUUGUAUUUCAUGUAUGGAGCAGAACUGAAAUACUAUUCUUCUAUUGGUUCGUAAAUACGAGUGCCGGAAUACUUGCAAUUAUCCCAGAGAUUUUCUUCGGUAAUAACAUUUUUAUCAAACGGAUCAAUGGGAAUUCUGCAUUUUUGUCUUCUGUACUCGUAGUUCUUAUCCAACUAAGUAUGGAUCAAUCACUUGUAAAGAUCAGGGGUUUCAACUUUAAAUCUCAAUAUGGUCUCCCUGCUGUGUCGAUUACAUUUUUGUGUUUGUGGACAGUAGGGUUUAUCAGGCUCUCUUCUGGUAUUUUGUUUUGUUAUGGGAUCCUGUGUAGUUGGUGCUACCUCCGCUUUCUGCAACGUCAUCCUCAAGGAAGGAGAGGCGAUUAUCGUCCCGUAUUCGCGUUCGCCAGACUCUUCCCCGAACCAAUAGACAAAAUAGUCUCGAUUCCGUCCAACGUUUUUUAUCAACUUCUACUUCGAACCAAGUUUUGUCCUGGACUAAAAAGAGAAAGUGAAGUUACUGUAGAACCUUUACUGACCUUCGGCCCACAUGGAAUGAUAUCUUGUGAUCCAGAACGGCAUCGGCGCAUUGCUCUGAAGGCUCUAAAUGAACGCUUCGCAAAAGCUGAUGUUUCUUCAAGGACACCAAAUGAAGUCAUCGAAUGGCCAAGCCUGAUCGAUCCUGAUGACACACAAAAGACGGAUAACAACAAGUCAGAUGAGUCCAGUGUGAUAAUCGAGUUGCCAACUAUUACGAAUCCUUCAACUACUGAUACUUUAAAUACAUUAAACUCAUCUAAUAUGUGAACCUUGAGCCAAGGAAAUAGUUUUUAUACAAUCUAUACAUGAGAUCAUAGGUUUUGUACCAUAGUUUUGACUUAUUUUGUUCACUUUAUUCUUCCAGUAACUUCUUUACACUUAGUUUUUUAUAUUGUAAGUUCUAUUCGCUUAAACAUAAAGUCAUGUAUUUUGUUAUUAGCUUAAGCGUCUUUUUCCUCGUGUUAUUUUUAUGAUUUUUGAUUAAAUAUUUUGCUUUAGAGACCUUAUCAAGCUCACUAGUGAGACAGUAGUAGUAAAUGAAACUGCUAACGGAGGUCGAGAUGUAGAGUGAAAUCCAGUAACUUGUUUUAAUUUAUUCAGAAUGAAGAAUAUAUAUCAACUGCAUUACGAAUAGGUUUUGAUUUGUUAAUGUAACAAAAGUAAUAACUUGUUCUUCCUGUCAUUACGGCUUUAUCAUGACCAACCUAUACUGCCUAUCUGUAGACAUGAUGCACCUCUUUCCUAGUUUUUUUUUACUACCGUCCAGUCUAUUUUGAUGGGUAUUUGGUGGGCUUAUAUAGCUUAUCGUUGCCUUGGCAACUGCGGAUUCACUACCCAAUUAUCUGAGUCUCUCUUCUUGCAGGCAACUUAGUUGAAAUUCUGUUCCCAAUCAGCCAAUUUAGAUGGUAUAUAUAGGGAGGUAUAGAAUUCUUCAGUAGUGUUCUCCGGUAGUUACUGGGGACGUUUCAGAACUGCUGAGAGUAGAUGACGGUAACAAAGCUUCAUCCACUUGUAAUCUGAGUCAUCGGUUUGAUCCUUAUAUAAAAACUGAGGUACAAUUGUUAUCGCAAAGCGUUCGAAAAUCGUUUUGUUGUUUCUUCAGAUGUCGAUUUCGUUUUCUAUGUUGAGUUUACUCUUGGAUGGUUUGAGCUGUGUUGGUAGGUUAUAUUAAAUGAAACACUAUCUGUUCUCAUUUUGACCAUUUUGAACUGCGAGAUUAAGAGGAUCACAAGAUUUAAACCAUAAAUUAGGGGGCUGAUGAACCACAGACUAGUUUCAUCAUCUGAUUCCAUAAUUUGCAGCUAACUUAGUAUAUUUUCUGUGUUCUCCAAAAAAGUGACGAAAUUAUUCAUACAGAGUAUUAUUAUCUGGUUAAAUGAUGUGUAUAAUUUUUUAUUGCUUUUUUCAAACUUCCCUUUUAGAAAAUAUAUAUCUCAAGUGGG